AUGCCUGGAAUUCACACCGACGGCGCAAAUGGCCUUAACGGCCUGCACAUUCGUAUACCCAACCGCUUCCUAAUAUGGGGCGGCAACGGCUGGAUUGCCGGCCUUCUGAAGGACCUCCUCCUCCGCCAAGGCAAAGAGGUCUACAGCACGACAGUCCGCAUGGAAGAUCGUGACAGUGUCGCCAAAGCACUCGAAGUCUUCAAGCCAACGCACGUCCUUAACGCUGCGGGCUGUACUGGUCGACCUAAUGUUGAUUGGUGUGAGGAUAACAAGGCGCAGACGGUCCUUUCCAAUGUCAUUGGGACUUUGACGCUUGCGGAUGAGUGUUCUCGACGAGGGAUUCACUGCACUGUUUUUGCUACUGGGUGCAUUUAUCAGUACGAUGAGGAGCAUCGCAUCGGUGGGAAGGGGUUCAAGGAGACUGACGCUCCGAACUUUGAUGGGAGCUUUUACUCGAUGACGAAGGCCCACGUUGAACCUAUCUUGGCAAGUUUUGACAAUGUCUUGAUUCUCCGUCUUCGCAUGCCAGUGAGCGACAAUCUCAACCCCCGCAACUUCGUCACCAAGAUCUCCAAGUACGAAUUCGUUGUCGACAUACCCAAUAGCAAUACUAUUCUCCACGACCUCCUCCCUGCGUCGAUCAUCCUCGCUGAGAACAAAGAUACUGGGGUUUAUAACUUUACAAACCCCGGGGCUAUCUCACAUAACGAGGUGCUCGGCUUAUUCAAGGAGAUUGUACGACCCGAGUUCACGUGGAAGAACUUUAGCAUUGAGGAGCAGUCUAAGGUGAUCAAGGCUGGAAGAAGUAAUUGUCAGUUGGAUAGUACUAAGUUGGUGAAGAAGAUGAAGGGGUAUGGAUAUGAGAUCCCUGAGGUUCAUGAUGCGUACAGGCAGUGUUUUGAGAGGAUGAAGGCUGCCGGGGUUCAGUAG